GCUCUGUGAAGGGGAUAAGUGGGAGUGAAGAGGAGAGGAGAGGAGAGGAGAGGAGAGGAGAGGACAGGACGGAGGGCGAUUCAGUCGGAGAAGUACCGAGAGAGAGAGAGCAUCUUUACGGAGCUCCGCUGCUGCUGCACCUGCUGCAACUUGCUGCCUUCAUCAUCACGGCACAAACAUCCUCCUCCAUGUCCAGCGGUUUAAUGAUGGAUCACUCUUUCCUGCCUCGGUCCAUGUGGACCGGUGACAGUAAAGUCCUCCAGCAUCCAGCGGACCUCUACACGAGCGUGGUCGUUACGCGCAGCAUCCCUGCAGGCACGUGCUUCGGUCCAUGCCUGCUCCAAAACACUUUCUACGACACCAUCGCCUUCAUAGCGCAGAAAUCCUGCGACAAGAGAAACAAAUCCUACGUGUUCAGGGUGGACCCCGAGGCCAUGCGUAACUCUGCGCUGGUGCUGUCCUGGCUGCGGCUCGUGCAGGCUGCGCGUAAUGGAGAGGAGCAGAACACAGAGGCCUUUCUGAAGGCAGGUCAGCUGUAUGUGAGGACCAUCCGGGACAUCCGGCAGGAGGAAGAGCUGCUGGUGUGGUACGACCAGGAGCUGUCUCACCUACUGGGCUUCACAGACACCACCAGAGGAUCAGGUGAAGAGUUCAAAUGUGUUAGAUGUCACCAGGUCUUCAAGAACGAGUACCCUUUCCUGGCUCACUGCCGGUUCCUGUGUACUCAAGUCAAGACUGACACCUGGAGCCGCGAGAUCUACGAGCACAACAAGCACGUGGAAAUAAAGAGGCAACACCGAGGAGUGACAGAUUUCCACAACAUCGCCAGAGAUUUGGAACACAAGAAAUCUGGCAACAACGAGGACGCAGAGAUUUUCCCCAAGAGAAGGAAAUACGAGGAAACUCUUCAUCCCAGAGGACGGAAAACGGUUCUGUUGGAAAAAACGAAUAUCUCCAACGAUGACAAUAUCACACCUCUGAUCAAUAAUAAGGGUUACGAUCAGCAGCAGGCAGCAGGAGAUGCGUCUUCCUCUGCGGGGAAACUGAAAGCUGAUAAGAUCAAACCGGAUCAUUUGGGAUGUAAGAGUGAUGCUUUUACGCGCGACGGAGAGGUGGACGCGCGGCCGGAGGCAGGUGUUCACUCAGGUGUUCACUCAGGAAGCAGCAGCAGUGCGUUUUCUCUGGUCCUGUCCAGCAGUCGAGGAGAGCAGAGAAGUGCUUUCUGUAAACCGAGUAGAAGAAGUUCUCCUGUUGACCCCCAGGUUCAUCUGAGCAGCUCUCCAACAGCCCCAUCUAGCCGCCUAGAGGAGAUGACAGACCGCUUCACCUCCAGUGUGGGAUACAACAACCUGAUGGCGUCCAACAUCCUGAGCUCUGAUUUACACACUGUGCCCGCAUUGAACAACGCUUUCCAUUACGCACCGCAGCACUGGUCCAGGAGCAUUGGCGUCCAGCUGCACACCACAGCAUCAUCAUCUCUCACCAUCCUCCCACCGACCUUCACCUCGUUCGGCGUGUCGGUGCAGAACUGGUGCGCCAAAUGCAACCUGUCCUUCCGCAUGACCUCUGACCUCGUGUUCCACAUGCGCUCGCACCACAAGAAGGAGUUCGCGCAGGAGUCACACGUGAGGAGGAGGAGGGAGGAGAAACUCACCUGUCCGAUCUGCCACGAGUACUUCCGAGAGCGACAUCACCUGUCCAGACACAUGACUUCUCACAACUGAGACAAGAUGGGACAAAAAAAAAAGCUUCAGCUAUUUAUUUCCCUAAAUGAUGCUCGUAUUUAACAGGUUUAGACGAGACUUUGAUGCGUAACAGUGAAUGUAGGUAUAGCUGUAAAGAAAAUAGCAAAAACUGGACACACGUGGCCACCGUCCACUAGAUGACGAUAGAGGUACGUGUGAAGCUGAUCUCACUGCAGUUUGUUGUCUGUCCUUUUAGCUCUGCUGACUGUGUGUGUGUUAGGUUGAUGGUUACUUUUGUGCCUUAUGGAACUCAGGAGGGAAGAAAGACGGAGAGAGAUAAUAUGGAGGACAGCUCAUGAUUGUCAUAAACAAUCCUCUUAUUCAUCAGCUUUUCUCUGCUCUGGUUUGUACAAGAGAUGUGGAUUGAGUGUGUUUGCACAUUCGGUUUGGAAAUCUAAAAUGAUGAAAAUGAAA